AUGGUGAGACUGCCGUAUCUGACCGCCCUGACAACCCUCUUCAGCUAUGGCCUACUGUUUGCGUUCGGCCAGCUGAGGGAUCUCUUCAGAAGGAUCGUGGAUUGGCACAAUGCCAAGUCUAAGGAUCUCCAGGUAAUAAAUGCGGGAGAGACGGGUAAUCCGUGUCCCCUCGCGUGUCGCAUAAUCUGUUUAGAUCGGUUCCUGAAUGGGGAAAUUGGAUGUUGCUGGAGCAGGGUUACGCCCCGAUCUGCCUGGGACUCGAAGAUUUCUACACGCGGCGGCUCUAUCUCCGCAUCCAGGUAUCCCAUCUUCUGUCCCCCUCACUGUUCAUCGGUGGGUUCGUAAGGCAUCAAUAGAGAUUCCAUAUAUUAAGAUUUCUACAUAUGUGGUUUCUCUGUAGAUCUUCUCAAUUCCGUUUUCCUUUUUCCGGAGGAGAUUACAAAUUCCAGUCGAUUAAUUAGUUGAUGCGAUUUGGGGGAAAUGAGCUGGAUUUGGGUUGUGAUUUGGCUCUUAGUUCAUACCCCGAUUGCAUAAUAAUGUCGAUUCACAUACUCUUUGUUAAUUAUUUAUAAAUAAUAUUUCCCUUCUUACUGGCUGACCCCGAGAGAAAAAUUGCCUCUGAUAUCAUGUGAAAUUUUUGAUAGAAUGCAGAAAAUCAUGGUCACGGGUACCAAAUUAGUGCUCCUUUCCAUGUGAUAUUACUAUUUUAUCACGCAGAACGUACUCUUGAAAAUAUUUUUCAACUAUGUAAUCUUUGGCUUUGAUCUAAGUUCUGAUUUGCUCUCCUCUCAAGGACUGUUUCGGCCGGCCUAUUGCUAGCGCGCCGGAUGCAUGGUUUGACGUUGUUGAGCGCUACUCCAACGACAACAACAAGACAUUGCAGUGAGUUGAAAAAAUCUUCUUCCAUUUGAUGUGAUCCGUAUGCCAUAAUGGCUAAUACCCCUUUGAAAAUCUGAGCUGCAUGACCCAGUCGAAUAAUUUUCUCUCUAACCACAAGAUAGCUUUCAUUUUUUUAAUGAUUCAUACGAGUUGCAUGAUUGAGGGUUUAAUCUCAAAGGAUAUUGUCCAUGCAGUCGCACGGAAAACAUAAGUAAAUGCCUCAAUCUAGGAUCAUACAACUACCUCGGCUUUGCGGCAUCGGAUGAGUACUGCACACCGCGUGUUGUCGAAUCCUUAAAGAGAUAUUCUUCAAGCACCUGCAGUGUGCGCGUGGACGGGGGUAGGUAUAUUUUUGGUGUCGUGACGAAGAAAUUAGUAGUUCAAUUUACGUUCCAGCUAAUGGUUCCUGGCUCACAGGCACCACUAAAUUGCACAUAGAGCUGGAGGAAUUAGUCGCGAGAUUUGUCGGGAAGCCAGCUUCUCUAGUUUUUGGCAUGGGCUAUGUGACUAAUUCGGCAAUCAUUCCUGUUAUCAUGGGAAAGGUGUGACCUUUUUUCCAGUAGGAACCUAGGAGGAUAUCUCCCUAGACCAUAGGAGUCACAUGAGAUUCUUAUUCUCCAUGGUGCUUGACAGGGAGGCCUGAUAAUUAGCGAUUCAUUGAACCACAACUCUAUAGUCAACGGCGCUCGUGGUUCGGGGGCAACAGUUCGGGUCUUCCAACACAACAGUAGGUUUCUUCUCUGCGCUUGAAGGGCAUCCUCGCUCCGGCUUGUACUCAUCUCCUUGCAUCUAAUUGCUCGUUUGAUAUUUUCUGUAGGCCCGUCUCACUUGGAGGAGGUGCUGAGGGAACAGAUCGCCAAUGGGCAGCCGCGAACGCACAGGCCUUGGAAGAAGAUAAUUGUCAUCGUUGAGGGAAUUUACAGCAUGGAGGGGGAGCUCUGCAAGCUUCCAGAGAUCAUCGCAGUUUGCAAGAAAUAUAAGGUUCUGACCCUGUGGAGAUUUCUUGAAAACCCUUAUCCCUAUCGGCUGAAAUAUGAUUCUUAUCAAUUAUUUUCCCCCUUUGGGCAGGCCUACACAUACCUGGAUGAGGCGCACAGCAUAGGUGCCGUUGGGAAGUCGGGCAGAGGCGUCUGCGAGCUCCUUGGAGUUGACACAGCUGAUGUGGAUAUAAUGAUGGGGACCUUCACAAAGUCUUUUGGUUCCUGUGGAGGAUACAUUGCUGCAUCAAAGGUUUCUUUCUAUUUUUAGAAGAAAAUUUGUUUUCUGUCGCGAAGUUGGUGAACAUGCAUGUAACCUGGUGGCCAACUAAACCCCCGUCGAUAUCAGGAAAUCAUCCAAUAUUUGAAGUUCACUUGCCCGGCUCAUCUCUACGCGACGUCUAUGUCAGCACCCGCGGUUCAGCAGGCCAUAUCUUCUAUGAAGGUCAUUCUUGGGGAGGAUGGGUCUAACAGAGGUAGGCGAUUCUCUCUCUUCCUCCUACAACUCCAUUCCUAUAAUUACCUGUACGCAUCUUUAUUUUCUCUCUUAUUAUCUCAGGGGCUCAGAAGCUCACCCGGAUCCGUGAGAACAGCAACUUCUUCCGAUCAGAGCUUCAAAAGAUGGGGUUCGAGGUCCUCGGAGAUAAUGACUCACCAGUCAUGCCGAUAAUGCUCUACAACCCGGCAAAGAUCCCAGCUUUUUCGAGGGAAUGCCUCCGACAGAAUGUGAGUACACAUCAAACCUGUUUUUUUUUUGUUCCCCCUUCAUAAUCUCAGCCCUCUCAAGAACAGACGAGCUCUCGGAUGCAUGAUCUCUUUCAAUCUCCAUGCACUUGACCAAUAUCAGAGUUCAUCCAUCCUUCCUCUUCCCUCCUUGCAUGUCCCCAAUCAGUUCUUCUACCCUAAGAAUUUUCUAUACUUGGAAACUAUUCCAUCACCUAGAUUUCUUCUGUAGAAACAUCAUAUUCUAAUCAUAUCUUUCUGGUUAUUAGGUUGCGGUAGUGACUGUUGCAUUCCCUGCCACCCCGCUGCUCCUGGCGCGGGCACGCAUCUGCAUAUCUGCCUCCCACACCAGGGAAGACCUAAUCAAGGGUUUAGAGGUGAGUUCUCCGAAGUGUUCCUCGUAUUUGUCAUCAUAUUCUCGUUCCUCGGGCAGCUAAGUCCGUCCCCGGCGUAUGAUUCUGAUCUUUUCCAUGAUCUUUGUUUGCAGGUCAUCAGUAAAGUCGGAGAUCUCGUGGGCAUUAAGUACUUCCCUGUCGAACCCGAGAAGAAACAGCCUGACCGCUACACAAAGAAGCUGGAGUAA